UCGGGCGGGACAGAGAGCUGCAAUCUCUCGCGUGUAGUCGAGCAGCAGUUGGCAGAACUCGAACUGCAACGGCGACGGUGCAUUAUUCAACAUUCUUGCUACAGAAUGCUGCAGAACGUGUGGAAUUGCGUCUAAUAAUAGUGUAACUCUAACCCGGAUUAUCAGCUAUGUCGGUCGUGUAACGAGUGUGUGCAUCAAUUACAUGCAAGUGUCAAUUGCUUGAAGAAACUCCAGCUCAUUGUUCAACGGGAAAAAAAAGCACUUACGUCUACUACAAGUAAAUAAGUAGUGGGUUAACGUGCAUUGUGGUUAUCAAUAUCCGAAACGCGUCAUCGUUCCAAGGGUUCAUGUGUUCGUUUAGCACAAAAGCAAUCAUCCUAGUGCGUGGGCAAGAGAUUCGAAAGCGAAAGCAAACAAAAAUAAGUGAUAAGAAGUGCCAAGCAAAUUGCCAAAAAAAAAAUACGAAGAGAGUGAUUAAAUUAAGGUUUGCGAAAAUCUUCUUCGUUCUUCUCGCUGCCUGAUAGUGAAGAAGAAUAGUGACGGUGCAAAACAAGUCUGAAUACACCGAAUAGCUUCCACACAGCCGUGCUUCCAAAAUGACCCUGCCAGACACACUAAAUCCCGGCCCGGAGGUCGUCGAUCAGCUGCGGCAACUGUUCAAGCAAAGAUUGGAGAAAGAUGCGGCGAAAAUUCCCUCCGGAGGAUUUCACGAGCACGAUCUCCGUAAAAUAACAACCAACGAUGUGUGGUUAUCCAAGUUCCUGGAGAACAAUGAUCUCGACAUGAAGAAAUCCCUCGAACAGCUUUGGGAGACGUGCGUGUGGCGAAAGACCGAAAACAUCAAUGAACUCUGCGAGGACAACAUUCGGUUAGACUACGUCGAAGAUGGGAUCAUGUUUGCACAGGGGAAGGACCUCGACGGCAAAACGGUAUUCAUUUACCGAUCGAGGCUUUAUACGCGAGGCUCCCGCAAUCUGGACGAGAUGAAACGAGUGUUCCUGUACUGGCUGGAACGGUGCAUACGUGAGGCCAACGAUGACUACAUCACCUUCAUGUUCGAACUUACCGACGCCGGACUCAGUAACGUAGAUAUGGACUUUACGAAGUAUAUUAUCACUACGUUGAAAAGCUACUACCCGUAUUCGCUGAACUACAUCCUGGUGUACGAUCUUCCGUGGAUUCUGAAUGCCACUUUCCAAAUCAUCAAAAGACUCCUACCCGCAAAAGCCGUAGAUAGAUUAAGAAAUAUCAACAACAAAAACAUCCGGGACUACAUCGACGAGGACAACAUGCUGGCCCCAUGGGGUGGCAAAAAUGAGUACGAGUUCGAAUUCAUCCCGGAGAAACGCCAGCGAGAGCCUUCGCUACUUAACCACAACAACAACAACAACAACAACUGCAUCAAUCACAAUAACAAUAACAUCAAAAAGGUUCACUUCGCUAACCUUAGUCCAUCGGAGUCCGCUAUGAACGAGCCAUCCAACUCCAACUUCGAGAACACAGACGGAGAGAUGUUACGAAUAAUUCCACAGAAUAAUAUUGCAUUUACUAAGUCUGGAAACGAACUGGUCGGGAAUGUCGAAAUUAUCAACAUCCAAACGGAACCGGUUACGUAUAAGAUCAAAACGACCGCACCGGAAAAGUUUCGAGUACGACCUAGCACCGGAGUUCUAUCUCCGGGAGCUAGCGUUACCAUCAAUGUAGUCUUACAGCAGGGUCAGCAAGUCAUUACCUUGAACCGAGAGAAAUUCCUAGUGAUGUGCAUGGCAUUCGGAAGCGACAUGUCCACAAGUUCCCACGAUCUGGCAGAGCUAUGGAAGAACACAUCGCCAAACAGUGCCUCGGUGGAGCAGCACCGACUCAAGUGUUCCCUGCCGGUCAACCUAGACGACAAUAGUUUGCGGAACGGAAUGCCACUGUACGGUGCUGGUGCAGGCGGUGAUACGUUCGGUGCUGGCGCCGGAUAUGCCGUUGGCGGAGCUGACAAACAGCUCUUACACUUCCAGCAGGUCGUAUCCCAGCUGAACGACUCGAACCAUCGAUUAGAAGCGCAAUUUAAACACAAUCAAAUGAUACAGUGGAUUACGGUCGGUUUGUUUCUAGUACUGUCCAUAGCGAUCGUGUACAUUCUGAAGGCCGAAAUUAAGAAUUCUGCCGCGCAGUAUUGUUUGAAUCAUUAGGGUGCGGGGCAACACAUCGAUCGAACUUUUUUGUUUUAAUUUGAUCAUGAUAUUUUUCAAGUCCGCCACGGAACUUUUCUUUCAGCUUCAUUUUCCUUUGUGGUGGACUACUAUCUUUGGUGUGAAAUUCGAUUACUAGUUAGUCAUUCAUUGAUAUCAUCAUGUAACCCUUCUUACUGUUUGUUUUUCGUUAACAUUGUAUUUAUUCUGUUCUACUCUGCAUGCUAUGGAUGGUUUAGUAUGGCCCGGUUAAACAUAAGGUUUCUUGUACAAAAUUCGUUGAGGACUUUUAAUUUAUCAUCAUAAGAUAUUUUUAGUUGCGCAAUCUUAUCGUUUAGUGAGUCUACGGAAUGUAUCAUUUGAUAAAAAAAAAAUAUUAAAAUGCCUAGCAUCUAACUAA